AUGGUGUAUGACCAUAUAGCUAUAAGGUACGCGAACUGCGACGAGAACAGCAACGCGGAAAGCGCGAACGGCUACGACUUUAACCAGCCGUCGACGUCGUUCGCGGACCAGGAGAACCUUUACGAGCAGAUUUGCUGCGACCCCGACGCCAACAGCCGGCAAGAGUUGCCGGAAAACAUUUACGAAACGAUCGAGGAAGUGAGACGACAACAAGAGAUGCUGCGACAAGCGAACGGCGGUUAUCCGCCCGACGUGUCGGAACCCAUCUACGAUCCGAAUUUGCCGAGCUGCAGCACCAGCACCUACGGACGUAUCGGAAAUACCUACGGUCGGAUAGAUAUCAUCGGUCACGGCAUCGGCCGCAUCGAGCGCCACCUAUCUUCGUCCUGCGGCAGCAUAAAUAACAACCAUUACACAAUCGAGAGCCUCUAUGGUACUUCGGACCAUACGGGGAGAAUAAGUAAAGUGUCCGUUCAGUGGUUGCUCGCCAACAAAUGGUUACCCCUCUGGAUCGCCAACACCGAAACCGGUCGCGAUUAUAGAAUAAUCGAUUUCCUGAUCGCACAAGGGCUGGAAAAAGGCGACGGAAACGACGAUACGGAACACGCACAUGAUGCCGAGUCGGAGCCGCCGCCGCCGCCUACUUAAAAUUUUCGUCAAUGUCAAUCAAUGUAUUCUUCUUUUUUGAUCGUUGGUUCGUUUUGGUAACAUUCGGAUCCGCAUCAUUUUUCUCUUAAAAUGGUUUGUUGUUGUUACACUUUGUAGAUAGACUAUUUCACCAUUAUUAGUUAAUCGGCUUGCGGUUUGAGUCGAAUUUCUGCGAGCUUGACCUUCAAUCGUGAUAACAAUAAGAAUAAAAGACAACUUGCAGAAAUUUAGAUCAUAGAAUGAAUUGUGAUGUUUAAAAUUUAGUUCUUUUCGACGAAUAGGUGAUAUUUUUAGACGAAAUUUCUUUAACUAGUUGUGUUUUGAUAAUUAGAUUGUAUUGGUUUCAAAAACGCUAUCAUCGAAUUUCGAUUCUAGAUCUGUUAGGUUAAGGUUUAUUUAUUGUAACGUUCUAUGCCAAAUAAAGUACCUCUAUGA